GCCCAUUUUCUUGGAUCUCGACCCAUCAUCGUGCCUUCCGAUCGCCAAGCCACUUUUCCAACUGAAUCCGAAAAAUUCACAUAUAAGUCGCAGAGACUUCCCCCUUCUUUUCCUCCUUUUCUUUGACUAUCGUUCCGUCUUCCUUCAUUCCUUCCUGCAUUCAUCUUCCCGUUCUCACUUCAGUAUCAAAGCACGCAACUAUCUAGUUCUUGCCAUUUGAUUUCACAUUCCACCGCAUUUGAAGACCCAUUGUCCCAUUUGCACAUCGUCACUGCCACCUGAAUCAUUAUUUAAGGGUGCCUGCCAUUAAACUUAAAUCAUGUCUCCUCACAGCGACGCCCCAUCACCUUCUGGGAGCUACACACAAUCUCAUGUACACUACAGUAGCUCAUUUGAAAGCACCUCUACCACCGCAUCAUCCUUAGAAAUGGCCGAGCACGUCUCACGGCCUCUUGUUCCAGGAGUUUAUGUCCCCACCGUCUGCUUCUUCCACGAGGGCUCUGAGGAUCUCGACCACGAGACCAUCGCCACCCAUGCUGUCCGCUUGGCACGAGCAGGCGUUGCCGGCAUUGCAACCCAAGGCUCCAACGGAGAGGCUGUGCAUCUAUCACACACCGAGCGCCAACAAGUGACAUCCACGACCAGGAAGGCCCUCGCCGAUGCCGGCUACAGUGACCUGCCAAUCAUUGUUGGUUGUGGCGCACAGUCUACUCGUGAGGCUAUCCAAUUAUGCAGAGAGGCACACCGCUCAGGAGGAGACUACGCCCUGGUUCUACCACCAUCCUACUACGCACCUCUGUUUGCACCAAGCUCCAAGUCAGUUCUGAAGUUCUUCAACGAUGUCGCAGACUCUUCGCCAAUCCCACUCAUCAUCUACAACUACCCUGGCGCUGUUUCGGGUCUCGACUUGAGCUCGGAUAUCAUCAUUGAGCUCUCCAAGCAUUCAAACAUCGUCGGCGUUAAACUUACCUGCGGCAACACUGGAAAGUUGAACCGCAUCGUUGCAGCAACCAAGUCGGCCAAACCUUCCUCGAACGUUCCAUCAUUCCUUGUCCUCGGAGGCUCAGCGGACUUCACCCUUCAGACUAUGAUUGGCGGUGGACACGGUAUCCUUGCUGGGCUCGCAAACAUCUCUCCCAAGGCUUGCAUUAAGACCAUCGAUCUUUACAAAUCAGGUAACAUUACUGAGGCUCAGGCCAUGCAAGAGGUCGUAGCCAAGGGCGACUGGGCCGCCAUUCAAGGGGGAAUUGUUGGCACCAAGGCUGGCAUGCAGGGCUGCUUCGGCUAUGGAGGAUAUGCGAGAAGCCCUCUGCCUCAGCCAACCAAGGAGGAGGGCCAAAGGUGGACAAACAUGUUCAAGGAGCUGGUGUCUCUGGAGAGGAGCCUUUAGUUUGUCCGACGGAUGGCAUUCACAAGACGAUGCCUCGAUCGAUUCACUGCUCAGCCUCUCCGCUUGAUUUCGCCCAGGCAGCAUUUCAAAACGCGUCAAGGAAAAGCAUGACUUUCACAUCAUCGGAAUUCGCAAAAGCAGACUUUACUGGAGAAUGUUUGGCAGGUUAAUAAUGGUCCAACACGACUCUGGCAGGGCCGGGGACAACUUAAUUGAGAGGUUGGACGAGGGAGGAGGGUACGAAGAGAAUACGGAGAUUGACUUAUAUGGCGUUGCAUUUAGAGGCCUCUCUGGCUAGAGAGGGCUAUUCACGCGUUGCACUUUUACUUGUUAUCGUAGAUUGGUUUUGGGAUUGGGAGGCAACUCUGGGGCUCGGUUUGGAGCGCCUCAAAAACCACCGUUAUAGCAAAAAAUUAUCAAACAAUAGAUAAUAAGAUUAAAC